AUGGCAAUCGACUCUGUAAAGCUGAACCUACACGGUCUCCCGCCUGAGACGUUACAGCAGAUAGCAGGCUACUUGAACGACUCGCAUCGAUCAAGUCUCUUUGCAUUUGGAUUGGCAAGCAAAAUAUGCCAUAACGCCACUAUCCCAUCAAUAUUUUACCACAUCCGUCUCGAAAUAGGCAGUCGCGAGGCAUUGCAGCGCGACGUUGAUGCCCUUGUUAAGAGCCUCGCUCGUACCGAAUCCGCGUGCCACGUCCGCUGUCUCAGCAUCAAAGGACAUUUACAAUUGCCUGUCAAACCCAAGAUUGAGGGGUACAAGUCCGACACGUCAGACCGCUAUAGCUGGUUCAAGAGGACUGGUGUUGACGAAAUCUUGAGCGAUGAAGAACCGUAUGCCACUGCCCCGCAUGUCGUUUACGACGAACCUGUUAUCGCAAAGUCUUCUGAGGAGGAUCUGGCAUGGCUGUCGGUCGUUGGUUUGAUCAAAACACUGCCACAUCUCGCAAAGUUAGUAUACGACUGCCAGAAUCAAUUUCCACCCAGCCUUUUUGACGCCCUCUAUGAUUACCAUCCCCAAUGCAAACUCUACCACCUUACAUUUCGCUUUCGAACACUACUAUGGGGCAUACCCUAUCCUUACGAGAUGGCCUUGGCCACUUCUCGGUGUUUGUAUAGUGUCAAGGUUAUAUGCGGUGAGCGGGAUUCGCAAGGCGACGACGAUUUCAACCAAGAGGCGAUGAUGGAGCUUGCUGCCGGUCUUGCGCCCAAUCUGAAGGAAGUUGUGAUCGUGAAUCUUUUCCCAGAAAACUCGUGGAGAUACUACCGUCGCCCGCGGGAGUCCUGGCGAGGUCUUCCAGGCUUUGUUACUGGUCAAUCUAUCGGGUCCUUGACCUCCCUGUCGCUUCUCGGGAAGGUGAACUUCAAUCUACUGGGAAUGCUUCACAACUGGGCCAGGCACACAGACUUCAGCCACCUACGCCAUCUCACUUUGGGUGGAGGUUACGGAUGUGAGGACAUGGGGAUGAAUGACGAGGCGAUAGAGUGGAUCGUUGAGAAUUGCUCGUUCCCUCAGUUGAAGACACUUCACAUUCGUCUGGAUCGCCACGACAAUAGAGCAGAUAACCCCAAUUAUGUCAUUAACGCUAUUGUCCUUUUGAGUUCAUUCGAGCCUCUCGAACAGCUUUCGGUAUCCGGCCCACUAGAGUCCAAGAUACUGGACGCUAUUCUAGAUCGACACGGACAAACGUUGACAAAGCUAAGUUUACGUCCGUCCGAGAAUAAAUACUCUCUAGAAGAGCCUCGAGUUCGACGAGAAAUACCUAUGACAUUUACAAAGGAGCAUAUUUUGCAAAUUCACGCUCAGUGUCCGGUAUUGGAGGAGCUGGCCGUGUCGAUUAAACGUACCAAAUCAGAUGCGCUCGAGGCUGAGAUCUAUAAGAGCUUCGGCAGAAUGGGACGAUUGAGAUCGCUCUUCCUUAUUUUGGACUGUUCUAACUGGUCAGUGGCUCGAGACCCCGAUUUGGAAGACAAUACUUUAUUUGAUACAGUUGACCGCGAAACCUGGGGAACAAACGAGUUUGUGAAGAAAGGCCAUUUGCGAGAAACCCUGAUGAACUGCGCAGUGGAUGAUACACUGGCUCGAUCGAUUUGGAAGACCAUCUGCCAGAAUAAGGCAGGCCAAAAGCUAGAGGCUCUCAAAAUGUGGACCUACGGCGGCGGCCACUUCGGCGACGGCAAAUGCAGACACAUACCAAACGUUGUCGACAAUUUGAGUCGGUCCUGGUUGAUUGAGCGAGUUACUCGAGAUGACGGUGAUAUUAUUAACGUUAGGGAAUUGGGUCAAAGAGCGCGAGAAGCCCACGAUCAGCAGGUGACAGAUGGAUAUAAGCGGUCUGCACAUUAUAGGCGAGGCGUAGAUGAUGAUGUGAUAGAGCCGGAGGUUGUAGCAGAAGGCUCCGAUGAAGUGCAAGUUUUUCGCCGUGUUUGGCCCCGCAAAGAGGGGAGCAAGGAUUGGCGCAAAGACUGGUCAAGUCUUCCUUUGCAGGUCUAA